AGCAACUCAAGCUUCUCGGCCAGUUUCAGCGACGUAUUCAGUCUAGUCUGUAGACGUUAAGAGCAAGAUGAGCAGCAGCAGUGUUCUUCUUGUCAGUGCUGUUCUGGUGGCGCUCGUCACCCUGAGCUCAUGCAGGAGCCUGGGAGAGUUGUCUGAGCAGAAGACCUACUCCUCUGCUCCCAGCUAUGGUGGCUCCCCAACUCCUACGUACGCAUCAGGAGAAGGCCACGAGCCAACGCCAACACCAUCUCAUCAUGGCACAACACCGACACCAUCUUACGGCACAACACCAAGUACACCUGCUCAUGGGGUCCCUGAAAUUCCCAAGCAUGGAUUUGUUGGAUCCUGCGACUACUGGAAGAGCCACCCAGACAUGAUCAUUGCAGUUGUUGGGUCCCUUGGCAACAUUGGCAAGACCUUUGGUGCUGCCUGCAGUCUGCUCGUCGGCAAGAAGCUUGAGAAUCUGCAUGAUGCACUCUCGAACACCAGAACUGAUGGCGUUGGUGCCCUGCUACGUGAGGGGUCAGCUGCUUUCCUGAAUUCCAUUGUCAACAAGAAGUUCCCCUUUACCACGCAGCAGGUGAAGGACUGCAUUGCUGUGUCCGUGACCUCUGACAAUGCUGCUUCUGCCCAGGCCGGGAUCUUCAAGAAGGCAAAUGAAUACCACUACUAGGACAUGGAUAUCUCCGUACUAUACUGUUUCUCACAAUUCAUACCACCUUUCAUUUCUUCCCCUUUUGGUUUUCUCGUGUAACAUCACCUCUAAGCUAUGUUGAUCUUGUAUUUUGUUGGAUUGUCAUGUAUUAUCAUGUCUAAUA